CAAAAGCCAAGCCUUUCGUCCGUCGGAAGGACACCGGCGAUGUAUUCAUUCUACAUAAGUAGAGCGUGAAUGUUGGAGGUUGCUCUGUGCUUCCCUCCUCUACAUCUACGUCGCAAUUGAUGGGUUUUCUGUUUUCUAAACCAAAGUACGACCCCUCUCGUGAUAUUCCUGACCUGACAGGUAAAGUUGCAUUGGUGACCGGAGCAAACACUGGUGUGGGAUUCGAGACAGCUUUGCAACUAGCCAAACGAGGAGCGAAGGUUUAUCUUGGUUGUAGGUCGGAGACAAGGGCUAAGGAUGCUAUUGCCAGGAUGCGCAAAACUAGUCCUGAACUUGAUGCGGAGGACAAGAUUGUGUGGUUACCUCUCGACUUGUCGGUCAUGAGACUUGCGAAGAAGGCUGGGGAGGAGCUUCUGUCGAAGGAGACACGGUUGGAUAUUCUUGUCAAUAACGCUGCAUGGGCUAUGAAGGAUUAUGAACUUUCUGAAGACGGUAUUGAAAAGGCUGUAGCUGUCAAUUACCUCGGUCACUUCGUUCUCGCUGAGACUGUGUUGCCCCUCAUGAAGUCGACUGCUCAGUUACCUGGCGCUGACGUUCGCAUCGUAUCAGUUGCUUCGAUUGUAUACGACCAAGCAGGAUCGAAGGACUUUUCGAGUCUGGAAGCCCUCAACUCUAUCCAAGGCAAGCCUGGAAAAGAGGAUGGCUGGUUCUCGAAGCUCUGGAGAUAUGCGACCUCAAAAUUUCAGAUCGUACUUUGGGUGGGCGAACUACAGCGUAGGCUCGACGCUGAGGGAACUCAUAUAACCGUCAUUGCACUCCAUCCCGGGGCCGUCAACACAGACGGUCUUGCCAAUGGUUUGCCUUCCUGGGCUUUACGGCUCGUUCAUCCCUUCUCUGCCACCCCCUUGCAAGGCGCAUUCACGUCUCUGUUCGCUGCUACCUCUGAGGAGGUGGCAGCUGCUAGGGAGAAGUAUAAGGGCGCAUUUUUGGUGCCCUACGGUAAACUGCUCAAGUUGACGAAAGAGGCGACGGACCCUGUUCUUGCGAAGACGCUCUGGGAGACUUCGGAGGGUGUUGUGCGAGAUGCUUUACAGAGAAGAGAAGAGUAGUCUUCUAUGGCGAGCUGCAUGCAAUUCAUGCUUGUGUAAGGCUCUUGCCUAUGGUUAUGAACUGUGAGUCGUCUACGCAGUUGGAGCAGCACAAUCAAGUGGUUCCUGAUGUGUCCCAGUUUAAAGUGAUAUUGGAUGCUGCUGGUUU